ACCUUUCUAUACGUUCUUAUUCUAUGUCCACGUUCCUACUCCCGGAAGUCAGAAGUCGCUGCUUUUUCCGUCACAUUCCCUACAGCGCGAAAACUGCAAUGUACUUCCACGUUUGAACCGAAAAAACACUCUGAAGAAAGUGAAAAUGUCAAAGAUAGACAAGAUGAGCAUCCUAGGGGUAAGGAGCUUUGGGAUUGAGGAUAAAGACAAACAGGUCAUCUCUUUCUUCAAUCCUCUGACUGUGCUGGUUGGACCCAACGGAGCAGGGAAAACGACUAUUAUUGAGUGCCUUAAAUAUGCAACAGCAGGAGAACUCCCCCCUGGAUCUAAAGGAGGUGCUUUUGUUCAUGAUCCAAAGGACGCCCAUGAGACGGACGUGCGAGCACAGAUUCGGCUGUUAUUCACAGACGUCAACGGAGAGAAAGUGACAAUCCAGCGCUCAAUGUCCUGCACACAGAAGGCAAAGAACUACUCCUUCAAAAGCUUGGAGCAGGUCAUUACCAGAAUAAAAGAUGGUGAGAAGGUGAGCUUGUCAUCCAAAUGUGGUGAACUGGAUCGGGAGAUGAUUUCUUCACUGGGUGUGUCGAAGCCUGUGCUGAAUCAUGUCAUCUUCUGUCACCAAGAAGAGUCCAAUUGGCCACUAAGCGAGGGCAAAGCACUCAAAGACAAGUUUGACUCCAUCUUUGCUGCAACCAAGUACAUCAAAGCUCUGGACACGAUGCGUCAGCUGCGUCUCAAACAGAGUCACACAGUCAAAGAGUGUCAGGUAGAGCUGCGCUACCUGAAGCAGAACAAGGAGAAAGCCCAGCAGAUUAGAGAGACUGUAGCCAACAAGCAGGCUCAGCUGAGGGUCUCUGAAGACCUCAUCCAGAAGAUAGAGAGCCAGAUUGCUCCACUGGAGAAUCAACUGGCAGAUAUUGACAUGAAACUGGGGAACGUGAUGAAGCUGGACAACGACAUCAAGGCCUUAGACAGCAGGAAGAAACAGAUGGAGGAGGACAACAAGGAACUGGAGGAGACAAUGGAACAGGUGUUCCAGGGUUCAGAUGAGCAGCUGCAAGACAUUUACCAGAACCACCAGAGGACGGUGAAGGAGAAAGAGCGGAGAUUGAAUGACUGCCAGAAGGAGCUGGAGAGAGCUGGGCGGGAGUGUCAGAGACUCAACAGAGUCAAGGCUGAUCUCUUGGUAGAACAAGGUCGUUUACAGUUGGAGGCUGACCGCCACACUCAAAACAUCAAGAACCGCGACAGUCAGGUUCGCUCUUUGUCGUCUUAUCUGGAGAUGGAGGGUUAUGACCGACCACCCUUCACCACUCUUCAGCUUGAGAGCUUUCAUAGUCAUGUCACACAGAGACUGGAUCAGGAAAAGGAGACAGUCAGUCAGGUUUUGGCAGACCUGCAGGAAAAGGAGCAGCAGAAGCAGCAGUCCAUUGAUGAAAUGAGGGAUAAGAAGACUGGCCUGGAGAGAACCGUGGAGUUGAAGAGAGACCUGCAGGGAAAGAAGCAGCAAGAACUAAGGAACAUCAGGGCAGGGCUGCAGAGGCUGGAGGGUUCAUCUAGCCGACUGCAAGAACUGGAGAAUGAACUGGCUAAAGUGGAGCGUGAGCUGCAGAGUGCAGUUCGGAGUGCCAACAUUGAGGAGCUGAAGGCGGAGGUCCUGGAGCUCCAGAGAGAAAAGGCUGAACUUGACCGCGCACAGAGACAGCUCGACAAAGAGAUGGAGAUGCUCAACACACACACUAAAGCACGCACGGAGAUGGACAUGCUGAAAAAGGACAAGACAGAGAAGGAGGAACAGGUACGUAAGAUCAAGUCUCGUCACAGCGAGGAUCUGGUGUUAUUGCUGGGCCACUUUCCCAACAAGAGAGAGCUGGAGGACUGGAUCUAUGCCAAGUCUAGGGAAAUCAACAGUACAAGAGACAGACUUGCCAAACUCAAUAAGGACCUGGCAUCAAGUGAGCAGAAUAAAAGCCACAUUACUGCUGAGGUACGGAAGAAGGAGCAGCAGUUAGCCAAUGAUGAAGAGAAGUUCUUCAAUGUGUGUGGCAGUCAGGAUCUGGAGCAGGACCUGAGCAAACUGCAAGAAGAUCUGGAGAAGGUCUCCAAACAAAGAGCCAUGCUCGCUGGAGCUACAGCAGUGUACACCCAGUUCAUCAGCCAACUGACAGAGGAGAGAGAGCCCUGCUGCCCUGUGUGCCAGCGGACAUUCCCCUCAGAGUCUGAUCUGCAGGAGGUUAUCAAUGACAUGCAGUCCAAACUCCGCCUGGUGCCAGAUAAGCUAAAAAACACAGAGCAGGACCUGAAGAGGAAGGAGAAGAAGAAGGAUGACAUGAUGAGUCUUAGACCUGUCAGGCAGUCCAUUGUACAGCUUCAGGAAAAGGAGUUGCCUGAGUUGAGAAACCGCCUGCAGACUGUGAACAGGGAAAUCGAGAGGCUAAAGGGCGAUGUGGAGGAGCAGGAGACUCUGCUUGGUACCCUGAUGUCAGAGGAGGAAACAGCCAAGGCCUGCCUGCAGGAUAUAUCUCUCAUGGACAGAUACCUGAUGGACCUUAAAGAGGUGGAGAGGAAAAUAGCUCAGCAUGCAACCAAACUCCAGGGAGUAGACCUAACCAGAACCAUCCAGCAAGUCAGCCAGGAGAAACAGGAAACCCAAUACAGGCUAGACACCACCUCCAGUAAGACAGAGCUGAAACGUAAGCUGAUCCAGGACCAGCAGGAUCAGAUUCAGACGCUGAAAAGUGCUGUGAAUGAGAAGAGAGCAGAGAAACUCCAGCUGAGCAGUGAUAUGCAGAAACAGCAGCAGCUGGAGGAGCAGUGUGUGGAGUUCACCACUGAAAUACAGGCCUUAACCAGAGAAAUCAGGGAAGCGAAGGAACAGCUGUCCCCUUUAUCUUCUGCUCUGGAGAAGCUGCAACAGGAGAAGCAGGAGCUGGUGGAACGCAAGAGGCAGAGGCAGGAAGAGGGGCAGGAGAAGAUCAAUGCCAUUAACGAGAGAGUGAAGGUGAUCACCACCUUGGAAAGAGACAUUACCAAAUACGUUGAUGACAGCAAAGACGAAUACAAAGAGCAAAAAGAGUCUGAGCUUCAGGAAACCAACACUCAGCUCCAUGAGGCUGAGAAGUCUAAAGAGAAGAUCAACAAAGAGAUGGGAAACAUCCGCCAGGACAUAGACACUCAAAAGGUCCGGGAGCGCUGGUUGCAGGACAACCUCACCUUGAGGAAGCGUGUUAAGGAGUUGAAGGAGGUUGUGGCAAAACGCGAGGCUCUUUUGAAAGACAUGGGCAACAUGCAAGUUUUGGAGCUACGCCAAGAACGGCGUGAUGCGGAAUGCAAGUUCGAAGACUUAAAGAAGAACCGCAGUAUUGCACUGGGUCGUAAGAAAGGCUUUGAGGAGGAGAUACUGCAUUACAGAAAAGAGCUGCGAGAAGAUCAGUAUGACAAAGCUGAUGAGCUCUACAAAAACAAGAUGAUCACAAUGAGGACCACCGAGCUGGUCAUUAAAGACCUGGAUCUUUACUACAAGGCCCUUGAUCAAACCAUCAUGAAAUUCCACAGCAUGAAGAUGGAUGAGAUCAACAAGAUUAUCAGAGACCUAUGGCGCAGCACUUACAGGGGUCAAGAUAUUGAGUACGUGGAGAUCAGGUCUGAUAUGGACGAAAACUCGUCUGCUGGAGUGAGGCGGAGGGUUUACAACUACAGAGUAGUUAUGGUGAAAGGAGACACAGCUUUGGAUAUGAGAGGACGCUGUAGUGCCGGUCAGAAGGUGUUGGCAUCCCUGAUCAUCCGUCUAGCUCUGGCAGAGACCUUCUGUCUGAACUGUGGGAUCCUGGCCCUGGAUGAGCCCACCACCAACCUGGACCGGGACAACAUUGAGUCAUUGGCACACGCCCUCGUAGAAAUCAUUAAGAGUCGCUCUCGCCAGCGUAACUUCCAGCUGCUGAUCAUCACCCACGAUGAGGACUUUGUGGAGCUGCUGGGGCGGUCCAGCUACAUCGAGCACUUCUAUCGCAUCCGUAAGAACCAGGACCAGAACUCUGAGAUCACAAAGUGCAGCAUCACCUCCCUCUCAUCCUAUCUCCACUGACAAAUGACUCUGUAAACUCUUUUGGAAAUCCACAGUAAUCCUUGUUUUUCAUGCUUUAAUUUUGGUUGGGCAGGGUCACUAAUCGGUUAGUUUAAAAAGUGUAAUACAAUAUUUCCGGUUUUUACACUUAUUUUAUUUAUCACCAGAACACAAAGGCCAAGCUCUGUUCUGUCCCUGUCUGAAUCCAGUAUUUCCCUAACGUAUCCUGUGGUCUGUCUCUUAUUUAAAGGUUGUUUGGAUACAUUCACAAAUCAAAAACAUUUAAAAAGUGACAUAAGUUCAGCCUAAUAUAAAGCAUGUUCACCUUCCAUGUUACGGAUCAAGACAUUUCUGUAUUGUCAUUUUGAGAUGUGCACUGGUGUUUGUAGUCUUUACACAGUGUCCAGUAGCCAUGUGGUGGACAGCAGUGGCAACAGCAGGAUCUGUUCUGCUUAAAAAUUCAGGGCACUGUUUCAGUUUGCAGUUGGAUUUCCAUAUUUGCUAUUUGUGAGCUCAAAAUAUUGUGUCAUUAAAUUUCUUGUGAAAGACA